GUAAUCUUGAACAAUCUUGAUCUACAAAAGGUAUGCUAAUCACGCCUUCCUUGAAAUUAUUCAAAUUGUUUUCUUUUCGUCAGAUGCAUGUAUUUAGAUACCCGUGUACAAUGAACUGUAUAUAUGUAUAUAUAAUGUAUACAUAGACGCGGAAAAAGGAUACUUGGAAGCAAAGAUAGAGAACUCGAUAGUCAUGACGUACAACUAUCUAGAAUUCUAGAUGAUCACAUCUAGAUAUGCGAUGCGUCUGACCGGACAGGAGGGAGAACCAACUUAAAUGGCUUGUCCAAUAGGCUUGUGUCUAUUCGGUUCAAAGUGUGACUGCGUGUGACCGUGGGACAAAGUCAAGCAGCACAGACCAUGAGCAAGCUGGAACUUAUAAAGACCGUUUUGGGGAGAAUCGCCAAUGGUAAAAGCUUUGAUCGGUGCAUGAAAAAUGUAAAAUUGCUGUCAGCCGACGAUGGAAGAUGCAAGGCAGAGAGAAACGUAAAAUUGCUGUCAGCCGACGACGGGAGAUGCAAGGCGCAAUUUACCGUGGCGGAAGAGCACUUGAAUCAAGGUGGCUUUCUACAUGGUGGUUUUACUAGUACCGUCAUAGACUGCGUAUCUACGUACGCAUUGAUGACACACAAGACUGAUCCACCUCCUGGUGCUUCCGUAGAUCUGCAUGUGACGUUCUUGAAGGCUGCGUUUCCUGGCGAAACGGUGACGGUCGACGCUAAAACUGUGCGCACCGGGAAGACAUUGGCUUUCCUCGCAGUGGAGCUUACAAAGAACGACGGUAAGGAUAUUGUUGCCCGUGGACAACACACAAAGUACCUUCGAUCAGUUAGUCAGUGAGAAAAAAAUGUCGAUACAUGUAUAUAAUGUCCAUAAUAAAGAGUAAGAUCUCA